AUGGUUUGGUUUCCACUCAUUCGAGUGGUAUUUUUGAUAUCCCUUUUAUUUAUGGAGCUGAUUGUUGCAGAUAAUUCAGUAACCUAUUUGAAGACUGAUGUUCGAGUCAUAGACUGUGAUUUAAACCCGCAAUUAGCUUCAAGGAAUACAACGACACAACUGGGGUGUUCGAUUUGGUGUUCUAAAGUCGAGGAAUGCGAACGUUACAAGUUCUGUCCGUUUUCAGAUGGGAAGUCGGGUGGUGAGUGUGUUCUGCACACAUCUCAUGAUGACUGUUUGUCUCAGGAUGUAAAUCAUACUUGUGUUUGCAUGAUCAAGAAAUCGCUUAAAUAUGGAAAUGGCACUUAUACCUGUCAAUCAGGGUUUUAUGGAUCUCACUGUGAAAAUAUUGUGAAAGAUUGUACACAUGCAUCAGAGAUACCAGAAAUGAACGAUAAUGCAAUUAAGUUGAUGUUCGUACAGCCUACACUAGCAACAAAACCAUUUCAGAUAUAUUGUAGGACGGCCCCAAAACCAUUGGUAUUGGUAUCUUUAAGGAUGUACAGUUCAGUAUGUUGUAACCUGUUUAACAAAUCCUGGGCAGAGUAUCGAGAUGGUUUUGGAAGCCUUUUAAGCGGUUACUGGCUUGGUCUUCAAAAGCUUUAUUUGUUGGUAAAUGAACCCGGACGAAACGCAAGCUUUCAAGUCGUGGUAAGAAAUUCUUUGCUUACAUGUGUAAAUUUGUACAGCGAAUUGAGAAUUACUGAUGAAGAUGAUGGUUUCCGAAUUUCUUUAGGAAGGCUUAGCAAUGUCACAGAUAUGAGUUCCUGUCAAGAAGGAAUGAGGCAGACAAAUCUAGAAGCAGAAGGUCAACCUUUUUCAACAUACGAUCGUUAUAAUGGCUCAUACAAUUGUCCAGAAGUAAUGCAAUCGGGCUGGUGGUUCGCUGAAAACUCCCUUUGUACCUCAACAAAUGUUAAUGGCGACUUCAAGUUUAGUGGUCGAUCAUCUAUUUCCUGGUUACCUGAUUUUAACGUCUAUGCUGUUACUUUUGUGGAAAUUACCAUUAGAUAA